AUGAAUUAUUCCGGCGGCGCGUCACUCAGCCAGCAGCGGCAGCGGCCGGGCGCUGCCUUCUGGCCGUGUCCGAGCCGCCCGCCGCGCUUCAAAAGCUCCGACACCCUCCCCCGGCAGCGAGCUGGCCCAGGCCACGGCGGCGACGAGACUCUCACAAUAUGGACAGGUGAGAGCGGCGUGUCACUGCUGGUGGGCGACGGCAGAGACCUCUGGCGACCAGAGCGACCACGUACGGGUGGUCGCGGCGCAACGAGUGACGGCGCGUCUUGGUCUGCUAAUUCUGGCGGCGCUAUUUUCGCAGAGCAAGGAGAGAGCGCAAACAGUGGUUGUGACGGCGGGGCGGGGGCGGGCUCCGGCGGCGGUGACAGGUUGAGGGCGCCUAACACUGACCCCCCAUCAAGUAUUGAUGGCACAGGGCGGCGCGCAAGCCGCGCCCCAGGCCGGGGGUCGGGCUCACGGGGACGCGGCGCGGGCCCCGCGGUCACUCCUCAUUAA